AUGGCCUUCCAAACGAUACCGAUCCUAGACCUGGCCGAAGCGAGAGACGACGACACUAAGCCUGCCUUCUUGAAACAUCUGCGGGAUGCCCUUCUCAACGUGGGCUUCCUGUAUAUCAAGAACACUGGAAUCGAGCAAGCCCUCUUCGAUCAAGUCUGUGAGGAAGGGAUCCGCUUCUUUGAUCUAGCAGAAGAAGAGAAACUCCGCAUUGAGAUGAAGAACCAGCCCAGCUUCCUCGGCUACUCAAGGCUGGGCGGCGAAAUCACAGCCCUCAAACAAGACUGGCGAGAACAGCUCGAUCUUUCCACGCCCCAUCCCCUUCCUCGCCCCACCUCCCCGUUGUACCACAACCUCCUUGCCCCAAACCAAUGGCCCUCUCCCACCGCUCUUCCCUCCUUCCGCCCCGUCUUCGAAACCUACAUCCGCCAAAUGUCAACCAUGUCCACCUCCUUCACAUCCCUAAUCGCCGAAUCCCUUUCGCUCCCCGCAAACGCCUUCGACCGCUUCUUCGACGCCGACCAGCAGCACAAACUGAAAGUGGUCAAGUACCCCGACUCCGGUACAGGAGUCGGUCAAGGCGUCGGUCCGCAUAAAGACAGUAUGCUCACCAGCUACCUCCUCCAAGCCUCCCCUCACCGCGGACUCCAAGCGCAGAACACGCGCGGUGAAUGGAUCGACUGCCCACCCAUCCGUGGCACGCUGGUAGUAGCAAUAGGCCAAGGUCUCGAAGCGCUAACCUCGGGCGUCUGCGCCAGCACCACUCACCGCGUCCUCUCCCCUGCCGCCGGGGCAGGGGCACGCUACAGCAUCCCCUUCUUCCAAGGUGUGAGCUACGACGCAGAAUUCGAGAGUAUGGACGUCCCGCCGCAUGUGCGGGAACUCAAGUCGGAGUUGUUAGAGCGGCAGGGUGGGAGGAGGGAUGAUGUGGAGUUUACGUUUGUGAAGGGGCGGUGGAGGCAGUUGGGGGAGGCAACGUUGAUGAACCGGGUCAAGAGUCAUCCGGACGUAGGGGAGAGAUGGUAUCCGGAGUUGUUGAGGGGAAUCAGGGAGGAGCAGCGGCGGCAACGGGAGGAGGAGGAGGCGAAGGAGGCUGCGCAGCAGCAGGUGGUAGAAGCGCACUGA